CUUACAGCAAGCUAACGUCGACUGGAUGAGGACUAUGCGCUAUUUCACAAGUUAAAUGACGCUUUUUUCGCUCUUUCUGUGUUUCCACCGCGGGUUGAAAAGCGCGGCUGCACCAGCUUAAUUCGGCCAGAAAGCACACUCCCUCUCGCUGACAGCCUGGACCCGAGUUGAGCUCGAUAAUCCCGCGUUUAACUGAGUUUUUUAUCGGCUAACGGAGGGUAGCAGCCACUAGCGUCUGCCCCGCCGCCGCCGCUGCUGCUGCUGCUGCUGCGUUCUCGGUCAUCAUGCAUGCACCGACACGUUUGUUCGGAUGAAACCAACACCCAGCCUCCCUCCCCUGUUCUCUGCGAAAGAAGUGAUGCACCCAAGGGCAUAAACAACACAGCGAGCCAUGUCGGACUGAAAACAAACAAGCGCACGGGCAGGCGGGCAGGGCAGCGGAGAGGCUCCGCCGGCGGCCGUCAACUCACAGCGAGCGGAGCGGCUUUAUUUAGAGGGAGAGCGGAUCAAAAGCUGAGGGCCAGCCUCCACACACACACACACAGACACACACACUCUCUCUCUCUCUCACACACACACAUACAUACACACACACUCAGCCUGUUCGCACCGCCCUCCAGAGACCACCGACAGGAUCAUUUUCGACUCAAACUUGGCAGCCAGAUCCAGCUAAAAUGGGAGAGCAGCCCAUCUUCAGCACUCGGGCCCACGUCUUCCAGAUCGACCCAAGCACCAAGAAGAACUGGGUUCCCACGAGCAAGCACGCCGUCACGGUCUCCUACUUCUUCGACAGUACGAGGAACGUUUACCGGAUCAUCAGUCUGGACGGGUCAAAGGCCAUCAUCAACAGCACCAUCACGCCCAACAUGACCUUCACCAAGACGUCGCAGAAGUUCGGUCAGUGGGCCGACAGCCGGGCCAACACCGUCUACGGCCUGGGAUUCUCCUCCGAGAGCCACUUGGUCAAGUUUGCAGAUAAGUUUGCAGAGUUCAAGGAGGCGGCGCGGCUAGCCAAGGAGAAAUCUCAGGAGAAGACGGAGCUCACCAGCACUCCCUCUCAGGAGUCUGCGCCGGGUGACCUGCAGUCGCCUCUGGCCUCGGAGGGCGUCAACGGCACAGACGACGAGAGAGUCACGCCGGAAACACCUCAGCCCCCCGAAGCCAGAGCAGAGCCCUCCCAGAAUGCACUGCCCUUCUCACACAGCUCGUCCAGCAUCAACAAGCACUGGGAGGCGGAGCUGGCGGCGCUGAAGGGGAACAACGCCAAGCUGACGGCGGCGCUGCUGGAGUCCACGGCAAACGUCAAGCAGUGGAAGCAGCAGCUGGCGGCCUAUCAGGAGGAGGCUGAGAGGCUACACAAACGGGUGACGGAGUUGGAGUGCGUGAGCGGCCAAACAACAGUGAUCAAGUCUCAAAAGACCGAACUCAACCAAACGAUAGAGGAGCUGGAGCUGGCGCUGAGGGCCAAAGAGGAGGAGCUGGAGAGACUCAAAGCAGAGGUCGAGAGUGCCAAUGAGUUCAGGACUCAGAGAGACUCCCUCACACAGAAGCUACACGACACGGAGUCGAGGAACAGCACGCUGGAGGCUCAGCUGGGGGACCUGGAGCAGCGGCUGGAGGGCAUCCAGCUGGAGAGGGAGACCUUCCGGAAGAGCCUGCGCUCCCUGCUGGAGCUGCUCGACAGCAAGAUCUUCGAGCUGACGGAGCUGCGCGACACGCUGGCCAAACUGAUCGAGGGCAGCUAGAAAGACCCCCCCCCCCCCCCCAAACCCCCGCCCCCAGUGACAACACAGCAGCCAGCACUCUGAGGAUCUCUCCAAACCUGCAUGUCGGGCGCGUCAUCGUCACCCACAACUUGAAGUUUCUUUUCUCCCACGUUAAAGUUUACACACGACUUUAUGCAUUUAAGGCGCACACACAAACACACAAACAAACACACAUUUUGCUAUGUUGUUUACAAAAAAGGAAGAAAAAAAAAACAGCCAAGUGAAGCCUUCUCUCUGCUCCACUCUGGAAACUUCUUUUCUUUUGGCUCCUUCGUGUCACAAACUGUUCAUAAAAGACGAUUUUCGCGUUGGUGCAACUGCUUUUUUCUCUUCUUCUUCUUCUUUUUUCUCGUCUUCACUAAAAAUGAUGAGAAAAACCCACGUCAGCCAAAAUAACCUCCUCCACACUGAGAUUUUUUUUUUUUGUUUUGCUUUGUGAACUCCGAGGCCAAAGCAUCGAGGAGGAAGAGGAGGAUGUGGCUUCGAACCGUGGAGGGAUUUGCCAAACCAGGCAGAGAGGAGGACAUCAUUAUGUCUUAUAUUCUUAUAAAAAUAUAUGAGCAAUACACAGAAAGAAAAAAAAAAAAAAAAGAGGGCGCAUAUCGAGGGU